AUGGAGCCCGGGCCCCGCAACAUCCAGGUCCUGCUGCAGGCCGCGGAGUUCCUGGAGCGCCGCGAGAGAGAGGCCGAGCAUGGCUACGCGUCCCCGUGCCCGCCCCGGAGCCCCGGCGCGCUGCACCCGAAAAGGAGGCGGGCCCCCCAAGUCGUGGGCGCGCAGGACACUGGGCGGUCCGUGCACAAUGAGCUGGAGAAACGCAGGCGUGCCCAGCUGAAGCGGUGCCUGGAGCAUCUCAGGCAGCAAAUGCCCCUGGGAACCGACAGCGCCCGAUCCACUACGCUGAGUCUUCUGCGCAGGGCCCGGGCACACAUCCAGAAACUGGAGGAGCAGGAGCUGUGGGCUUGCCAGGUGAAGGAGCAGCUGCAGAGCCACCAGCAGAACCUGCGGCGGAAGCUGGAGCAGCUGCAGCAACUGCGGGACCCAGCAGGGGCAGAGCGGCUGCGGGCCGACAGCCUGGACUCAUCAGGGGUCUCAGAGCGCUCAGACUCGGACCCAGAGGAGCUGGAGGUGGAUGUGGAGACCCUGGUGUUUGAGGGCCCCGAUGAACUGCUGGGGGCAUGUGGCACUGGCCAGGAACACAGCUAUUCCCACCAGGGGGCUGCCUGGCUGUAACUCCAGCUGCUGCCUGCCUGGAUAGGGCCGGCUCCUGGUGGAUGGACUCAAAGGGCUUUCUGAGAGAAACUGAGAGAACUGUUCCUGAGGAUGGGGGUUUUGUGUGUGUGUGUGUG